CAGAGGUUGCACAACCUGGAGAAGCUUUCCUUUAAAAGAAUAGCCCAACUGGUGUAAUUUAUAUGCACAGCUGAACAGGUGGCCGGCGUUGUCUUAAAUAAAUGAUUAAUGAGCAGAUAGAAUGGCAACUCGGUCAACUUUAAAGAACAACACUGAUCAACCAGACUUUCUGCACUUAAAUAACCUGGCUUGUGAAUCCGCUGGAGGAAAGGUCAUUUUUGCUACCGACGAAUGGUUUGCUCCUGCACAAAACCUACUAAAGAGACAGCAGGUGGAGUUCAAGGUGGAUGCAUUCACAGAAUAUGGCAAAUGGAUGGAUGGAUGGGAGACCAGAAGGAAAAGAAUCCCUGGUCAUGAUUGGUGCAUAGUCCAGCUGGGCGUACCUGGAGUAAUUAAUGGAUUUGAUGUCGACACAUCUUAUUUUACAGGAAACUAUGCACCUUCAAUCUCCAUUCAGGCAGCAUGCCUGAGUCAAGAUACAGUUCCAGAAAUUGUACCUCAGGGAGACCGGACAGGAAUGGCUGCUUCAAAUGAAGAGUUUCAAACUAUUGCUAAGCUACAGUCCGAGUCCUGGGUGAUGCUGGUUCCAAUUUCAGAGCUGAAGCCUGGCUACACUGACACUUGUCAUAAUUACUUUCCUGUCAGCUCCCACCAAAGGUUCACUCAUAUUAGACUUAACAUGUAUCCAGAUGGAGGAAUUGCACGUCUAAAAGUAUAUGGCAUAGGACAGACAGACUGGUCUGAAGUAUCAACAAACGAUCAAGUGGAUCUGGUUGCGCUUGUCAAUGGAGGUGUGUGUGUGGGUUACAGCAAUGCUCACUUUGGUCACCCACGAAAUAUGAUAGGUUUAGGAAGGGCUAUAAAUAUGGGGGACGGCUGGGAGACUGCCAGGAGAUUGGAUCGCCCAGGUGUUUUGAAGGUUGAUCAACAUGGUAUAUUACAAGUGCCUGGCAGUGAAUGGGCAGUGUUUAGACUCGGCCACCCUGGUGUCAUAAGAUACAUUGAGAUCGACACCAAUCAUUUUAAAGGAAACUACCCAGACUCCUGUAAAAUCGAAGCCUGUAGUUUGAGACCAGAAGAGGAGAAACACUAUACAAGCAUAAACUGGAAAACUGAUCAGGAAACAAAGUGGAUAAUUCUCAUGCCAAUUCUGAAGAUUUCCAGUGGAUGGUGGUGCUGGAACAGGGAGCUUAUAUUGAAUAAAAACAACUAA